GCCGCCGAGCAGGGAAGUCUGUCCACACGUUCGCCGAUCGAUCUGAAUCGAGUUGUCGGAGCAUUGUGCCGCGUCGCGUCUCUGUCACUCCUACCACGAAGUAGUUUCGUCAAACAAAUACGAGAGAAGUUCCUGGCUCUAGCGACUCGGACUGUUUUCCCAGCCCAGUUUUGUCCAUUCCCUGCCCUCGUGAACGUUCGCGACGCUCGACGAAGGAUCGAUUCCUGAAGCGGCUUGGAGAGGCUUAAGAUGUUGGUUAACGUUGAACAGAGUUGACGAGGGCCUACUUGUAGGGAAACGCCUACUUAACUAGCGCUAAUCAGCAGGAAGGAGAAGAAGCUAAAAGAGAUACGCGUGGCGACCAAAUAGUAGUUCGAUUGAGAACAAAGAGACACGAUGGAUCCUUAUUCAUUGAGCGUGGAGCGAGAAGCAUCGAAGAAUAUCGAAGAGAAUGAGCGAGAGUGCUUUAAAGAUGCGAUCGUCUCGAGUCGGAGCCUCAACAAAGGUUUCGUCGAACCAACGAACCUUAGAAAUGCCAUUCGAGAGAUCGUUGCCUGCAUCAUUGCAGCGUCUUUCCACAUAGCGGUGGGCUUCACUAUGGCAUAUUCAGCAACUCUCAUUCCUCAUCUCGAGAAGGAAAACGCACAGUUACAUGCUACGCGUGAACAAACUUCCUGGAUAGCCAGUCUGGCCGUCGUGAGUGCGCCAGUUGGUGCCUUAAUAGGGGGCUUCCUCAUGGAAAUAUUUGGUCGAGUGAGAACUCUGCAGAUCGGUGCGAUUCCCUCUUUGAUUGGCUGGAUCUUAAUCGGCACAUCGAUCAAUAUACCGAUGUUACUAGUCGGUCGUUUGUUAACCGGAUUAGCGACCGCCCUGAUGACUUCGCCAGCAAUCGUCUACAUCACUGAGGUAGCCAGGCCGGAACUCCGUGGAUCCUUGAUCUCAUUUGGACCAACGUUGGCAUCAUUCGGCAUGGUGUUGUGUUAUCUGAAGGGUGCUUACAUAAAAUGGAAAAUAGUCGCUUACCUCAGCACCGCCUACUCGUUCCUACCCAUUUUUAUGGUGCAAUUUCUGGUACCGGAGUCGCCCGUCUGGCUUAUUUCGAAAGGCCGCAAAGCAGAUGCCAAGAAAUCUUUGGACUGGCUUUAUAAGAAUGAGACAUCGGAAAGCAAGACAUCGGUGGCUCUGGCGCAAUUUACCAAUAUUGUGAAGGAACACGAAAUUAAAUUGAAUGAGCAACGACGUAGCAAACAUGGUAGCGCGGCCAGUAAAUGGCGAGGAUUUCUUAAACCGACUGGAUGGAAACCUAUGGCGAUACUCUUCCUAUUCUUUUCAUUUCAGCAAUUUUCUGGAAUUUAUAUCACGCUGUUCUACGCAGUGACUUGGUUCCAAGAAGUGGGUGCGGGUGUAGAUGCGUAUUUAGCAUCAAUUUUGGUGGGCCUAACGCGUUUCCUGUGCUCCAUGAUGAACACUUGGUUAUUGAGGCGAUACAAGAGACGAUCGUUGUGUAUUAUAUCAUCCAUCGGGAUGGCUCUGUGUAUGAUCGUUUCCGGUUAUUUCACGCUGAACAUUAAGAAUGGCGAUCGUAGCGGAUUCUGGGUACCGGUGGCUUGCCUGCUACUUUAUGUGUGUACAUCGAUGGUCGGGAUGUUGACCAUUCCAUGGACUAUGACGGCGGAAUUGUUCCCGACUGAAAUCCGUGGGAUCGCCCAUUCCAUCAGUUAUUCUAUAGCGAAUCUACUCAUGUUCGUCGCGUUGCAGAGCUAUAGAAGUUUGCAAAUUUUCCUAGGAGGUGCAUAUGCGGUGCAGUAUUUCUUUGCCGGUGUUUCCGUGGGGGCGGCUAUUUUCGUGUGGCUAUUGCUGCCAGAGACGCACGGGAAGAAGCUGUCAGAGAUCGAGGAAUACUUUCACAACAAUUUUCUGGCCUUGGGAGCGGAGGCGAAGGACAAAAAGCGGCGCGCCGCAAGAAGGGCUCAGCAGAAGGCGACCGAGCCGCUCAAUCCGAACAUCAUGCAGAACGUUUAAGCUCUCUUACUUUUCUCUUCGUUCUUUCGUAACGAAUUUAUGAACGCAGAGUUCAAGAUGUCUCGGAGAAAGUAUUAAAAUCGAUU